AUGAGUUCGUAUGUGGAAGUAAAUGGUUGUCCCAUUUGGUAUGAAAAGUUUGGUUGGGGACCAAAACCAGUACUUCUAAUACCGGGUGGUAUUGGCACCGGUAGGACCGACUUCCUGCCACAACUCGAAGAGGAAUAUGCGCUCGACUUUAAUGCGUUCACAAUAAUAGCGGUGGAGGCGCCGGGAUGGGGACGAUCCCGACCACCGGUCAGGCAGUUUGGGGUGAAUGUAUACAAUAACGACGCCCAGUGUUUUCACGCAGUUAUGGAGAGUUUGGGUUUUCAAAAGUAUUCAAUAAUCGGUUGGUCUGACGGCGCAAAAGUGGCCCUUUUGAUGGCCAUCAAGUACCCGAAGUGUGUUGAAUCAGUUGUGGUGACAGCCAUCUCCAUAUACCUAACGGACAGUGCCAUCAGAUUUUUUAAGACAACUCAAAACAUCGAGAGUUGGAGUAAAGAUAGGAUUGAUUGCUAUUUGAGAUGUUAUGAGACAAAAGCCGAGAUCCAGACCCUUUGGACCCGAUUCGCGAAAUACAUUGAAUACUAUAACCAAUACUUUCCCGAAGAUAUCUAUAAAGAUAAAUACGAUUUGAUUCGGUGUCCCGUCCUUGUGAUGCACGGA